AUGACUUGGCUUCAGUCAAAUGAGUUUACUUCUUAUAUUGAUGCUAAUUUUCUUGCUGCAUCACAAACUCCAGAUUAUUCAAAAGUACGUAGGCAAAGCCAAGUAAUGGGUUGGUUUUGGUGGACAAGAGAACAAAAAUUUGAGAAAUAUUCGAUUGAAAAUUUAAAACGCCUAAGCGCUUUGCUUUUAAAUGCCUCAAAGCAUGGUGGCGACGACGAUGAAAUGACUGAAUCGAUGAAAGAAAUUACUCAAAUUUUGAUUUGGGAUGAAAGCAUGGUUCGAGCUGCUGUUCGGACAGUCACGUUAAAUAUAUUUGCGGUUAAUGACGAACAGAUGCAGGAUUUCAUCUUGGAUAGAAAUGCCGCUCCAUAUUUUUCAAAUCUGACUUAUUUCAUUGCGAAUCACGCAUCAAUUUUAAAUGAUAUAAUUACUUCACCCACUGAGAAGAUGAACUCUGUUUUGACAACACGUUUGAUUGAUUUAUUAUUACAACCUAUAUAUGCGGACAGUUUGGUUGACAAAAAGUUGUUACCAUCCCAACAGAGAAUACGAAUCAAUUCUGUUAUUGCCCUUGCCCUUCUGUGUCAUGUUUUACAUAUAUUCCGUUAUCCCCCGCUAGUUACUGACAUGAUAGCAAUGCUGUUUUCGAACUCUCCAGCUAUGAUGGACUAUUCAUGCUCACCCCCAACGAGAUUUGAACGACCGAAACCCUCGCUCCGAAGGAACCUAUAUCGAGAAUCCAUUAUGAACUUCCUAAUUCCAGAUAUAUCUGCAGAACAUCCCGACCUGAAUACUCUCCCUGCUCUUUGUUUACUUUAUAUGUCAUGUCGAAAUCAUGCGAUAGCGCCUGAUGUUCUAAUAGCAACUGAUGUUGAUUCAGAUGAAUAUAUGCCUGAUGAUGCUUCAAUAAGUGAUAGAAGGCAAUCUUUUGAUACUGAAUCAAUAAUGUCAAAUUCCACAUCGGCUUCUCAAGUGAAACCGUUAUUCAUUGACGGAAAUGAUGAAUCACAUUUUAAUGUUCCAAGUUACAAAUCUGUGCGUGGGCUAUUUAUUGAUGAUGAUGAUGGUGGUCCACAAUAUGGAUCCGUCUCAAUACCCACAAUAAAGAUAUCCAGCGACGAUGUAUAUAAUAAUGGACCACAGCAUGCAAGAAAUUAUCGAGAAGAAUUAAUUAGAUUGGUUCUGGCGUUAUUGUGUCAACAUUAUCACCGCUGUCGAGCAAUAACACUUCAGAUGGCCGUUGAAGUUUUACUAGAACUAUUAUAUUAUAAUGGAUCCGGCGAGUGUUUAACACCAGACCAAAUUGAAUCAAUGACUAAAGCAGAAAACGAAAUACAAGAACUGUUAAAAACAUAUUCUUCUGAUAAUUUCGAUGAAUUUUUUUCGGAUGAAAAUGAGAAGGCUGUUGCUGAUUCUAUGUUCGCGGGUGAUAAAUAUGUUGGAGAGAUUAUAAUGAGUGCUAAAUUAUUAUAUCCACCACCAGUCGAAGCAAACAAAGAAAAGCAAAAGAUUGUUGAUGAUAAUGAUGCUGCUAAAUAUAUAAAAAUAUUACAUCUUUUGCGACAAGCUCGGAAGCUAUUAUCACGACAAUAG